CCUGUCUCCCCAUUCCCGAAGGAGGUGGCGAGCGUGCCGUCUGCUGCCUGCCCUCCAUUAGCCACAGCUAUUGGAUUUCCCACCCAGAAUCUUUAGGUAAAUGAGAUCAUGAUUCUGGAAGGAAGUGGUGUAAUGAAUCUCAACCCCAGCAACAACCUCCUCCACCAGCAGCCGACCUGGACAGACAGCUACCCCACGUGCAAUGUUUCCAGCAAUUUCUUUGGAGGCCAGUGGCAUGAAAUCCACCCCCAGUACUGGACCAAGUACCAGGUGUGGGAAUGGCUCCAGCACCUCCUGGACACCAACCAGCUGGACGCCAGCUGCAUCCCUUUCCAGGAGUUCGAUAUCAAUGGCGAGCACCUCUGCAGCAUGACUUUGCAAGAGUUUACUCGGGCCGCAGGGACAGCGGGUCAGCUUCUCUACAGCAACCUGCAGCAUCUCAAGUGGAACGGCCAGUGCAGCAGCGACCUGUUCCAGUCCACACAUAACGUCAUUGUCAAGACAGAACAAACUGACCCUUCCAUCAUGAACACCUGGAAAGAAGAAAACUAUUUAUAUGACACCAACUAUGGUAGCACAGUAGAUUUGUUGGAUAGCAAAACUUUCUGCCGGGCCCAGAUCUCCAUGACGACCUCAGGUCACCUACCUGUUGUAGAGUCACCUGAUAUGAAGAAGGAGCAGGACCACCCUGCAAAGUCUCACACUAAAAAGCACAAUCCCCGAGGGACUCAUUUAUGGGAAUUCAUCCGAGACAUUCUUCUGAAUCCAGACAAGAAUCCAGGGUUAAUCAAGUGGGAAGACCGGUCUGAGGGUAUCUUCAGGUUCUUGAAAUCAGAGGCUGUGGCUCAGCUAUGGGGAAAAAAGAAAAACAACAGCAGUAUGACCUACGAGAAGCUCAGCAGAGCGAUGAGAUAUUACUACAAAAGAGAAAUCCUGGAACGUGUGGAUGGACGAAGACUGGUAUAUAAAUUUGGGAAGAAUGCACGUGGAUGGAGAGAAAAUGAAAACUGA